GAUAUGACGUUUUAUCAUGAGGCCGGCGCGCCUGGAAGAGCGCUUCAGGAGAAUGGGUGCACCUCGCGAUUGGCCAACGCUGGUCUGCAAGUUUGGGCACAAGCACCCUCUUAAUCACUUUCUCGUGUCUUAGGCAACUUGACCUCUUUCCCUUACCUGGGCUAGUCCGCCAAGUUAGCAGGCACCAUGUUCGCUCUGUCGGCCGUCUCUUCCCGCAACGUGGCUUGCCAGGCUUCCCAGCCCCGCCACAAGGGUGCCAAGCACCACGCGCGCUCGCGCCCCAUUAAGGUGCGAGGACAAAACCUGAGCGGCGGCCAUUUUGUGGUGGCUUGCGGUCCAGCUUGCGCCAGAGCAUUACAACCGCGCGGACAAGAACCACGGGCCUGCCAAGUACGAGCCCCUGCCCACCCCUCCCCCGGCCCUUAUUGUGGUCUCCAAGGCCGAGUCCAAGUAAGCGCCUCACGGCGCUGGCUUGAGCGGCUGUAUGGCACGGAGCAAGGUUGCAGGAGGCAGGACGGGCGUGCAGCUUGACAGCUGACACGUGCGGGGGCGUGCCGGGCGAAUGAGUUUGAGCUUGCCCUUUGGACGAGGAGUCACAGAAUGAAGCGGUGAUCACGGGGAGGUGGCCAGCAGCUGGCUAGUCACACGCAAUGGCGGCACGUCAACGCACCCAUGGUUACAUGUGGGCAGUACGACGUGGCGCGGCAGCAGCUCCUGCCUGUCGCGACGCUGUGUGAGUGGUAUGGCUGCAGCUCUGGGUUCUUGGAGGAGGAUUUGGCGCACCGCAUUCCUUAGGUAGGGCGGCGCGCAGGUGGUGCAAACGCCUGGCAAUGCGGCGGGCUGACUUCGGAGCUGUGGUGGUGCGGUUCGGGACCGCCCGUGGCCCCGCCGUUCCCCGUGUCAUCCGGUUUGGGCCGCGUGGGCACGACGUCGUGAGGGACGGCUUGGCUACCGAGGUAGUCUAUCUAUCGGGAGUAGCACGGCGGGAAUUUUUGCGCGGCGGAACGCCCGGCGGGCUGGGAGCCAUCCACCAGGAGUCACUGUUGCGUAGUAACGCUUGGGCGGCUUGUUUACCAGCCAGGACAUUACGAGAGAGUGUGUGCAGUCGGUUGGGGUGUGGCAGGUGCCGAGAGGUCCGGGCUGCGCUGGAAGCAUGGUGGAAAUGUAACGAAACU